AUGGAGACCCAGAACCAGGAGUACAAGAUGCUGCUGGGCAUCAAGACCCGCCUGGAGCAGGAGAUCGCUCAGUACCGGGCCCUGCUCAAUGAGGGACAGCAAGACCUCGCGAUGCCUCAAGGAGGAGGACGAACCUCCCACUCCUAUUCUUCCACCUCCUACUCUCACGGACAAUCCGGUGGCGACAAGUCAGGUAAGAAACAGCUUCCAAAGAGGAUCCUCAGGUUUCCCGUGCCCAUGGCUUUCGUGUUUUGUACUUCACUGUUUGCUGGUCAACACUAAACCUUGUGCUAUGCCUUCCACAUUCACAAUUACAAAAGGGAUUAAACUAUUCACAAUCAAAUCCCUUAACUUCAGAGUGCCGUAACUUCAGCUGCAGAAAUGAGUUAGUUUUUUGCCCAUGCUCUUGCUAACGUGGAUGGACAUUUAAAUAACAGAUAAACCCGUUAAGUCAGGAGACUCUUGGUUUCCUCAUUAAACAGAGUAAUCGUUUCUUAUUUCCUCCUCCAGGGCAGGCAAGAGUGUGUUAAGAUCCCAUCGAUGCUCUGUUCUUCUCUGAUCCGCCUACUGCCACCUGCACAGCCCGGUGCAGAGGGUAACAAACAGCUCGUGCUGUGUGCCCGCCCGGAGCACAGCAUUGUCUGCACUUGUCACCAUGCAGUGACGACGAAUCCCUGCUAGGACUCCCAAAGUUCCCUGCUUCCUCCUUCGUGUGUUGUUCUUCACAGUACAAUCACUGUGAUCCUCAUUCAGUCAUCUGCAGUGCCGCCGGUGCUCUGCUUCCUGCUGACAAUAGUGCCUUUAAUAAAGCUUUACUUUUCUGCUGUGCAAAAAGAACCCGUGUCCAGUAGAUUAUUCCGUGUAUUAACAUUGUACAAAUAUUCACGGUGAGGUGAAAGAAAUGAGAUAUGCAUUCACAGUUUGGGGAUGGCCCAGAGAAAAUGGUGCUUCCUGGAUAAGCUAUCAGGGACGAAGGAAUGCCUGCCUGGGUUCAUACUAAACUCGACAGUGACACCUAUGGGAACAAGAGCGGAUGGGUGAAAGCCUUUCCCACAGCGCUCGUUGCCAGGGCUGUACGUCCAAGCGGUUGAUCCGACAGUUCCGCUUAAACGAGCCUAACACAAUUAAAACCACGACCUAACGAUAAAUUUGGUUAAGCUGAAGACAUCUGCCUUUGGGUCGCUGAACAAGAAAUUAAUCAUACUCAAGCAGCUCCCCAGCUUUUAGGGGAGGGCUGUAUCUAAUCUUGUUCAACAAAAGCCAAAGAUUCCAUCGGGCACUGAAUGGCUCUAUGCAAAGAAACAGCUCUCGAAAUAUGAAUUUCAGCUGCUAGAACGGCUCCCCCUGACUUGCUGGAAGGCCCAGGCUCGCGCCCUCCAUCUGAUGGCUCAAAUCCAAGCACCUGAGGUGCACUCCCUGGCUUCCUGCAAGAACGGCCCCAGCUCUGUGGCGGGACGGGACUCGGGAUGGAGGAAGGUUCCAUUCUUCUUUCUGUAGCUGCCCCAACUUCAUGGAGCACGCUGACAUCAUCUGAGCCAGGCAGAGGAAGCAAAAUCAGCGACACGGCUCAUGUGAAACUCACAAACUAUGUUUCAGUCCUCGGUUCGCAGCACACGGAGCAGGGCAGGCUCUGCCACACAGCGGGGAUGGUUCCCCCGGCCGCUGGCUGCGUCUCGGGGCCAUUGUUCUCCGGGCUCACACAAUUCACUCGCAGCGUUUGUUCUGCCAGGCAGCUCUGCACUUUGCUUCGCAAUCACAUUCGGGCCAGGCAAAAUGUCACCAUCAGCCACCGGCUCUGCCCCGCGCCCCGCGGCGCCGUCCCCACCCUCGUCUCAUUCCUCCCGAGAAAUCAAACAACUGAAGCAAACAGAGAAGGCUGCAAGCAAGGAUGCAGCUUAAAAUGGGUGUCAUGGUUACUUUUUCCAUUAGUAAA